AUGGCGUCUCAUGACGGUGGCGAUAGGAUUAAGGGGCCAUGGAGUCCGGAAGAAGAUGAGCAGUUACAGAAGCUGGUGCAGCUGCAUGGGGCUAGGAAUUGGUCCGUGAUAAGCAGAUCGAUUCCUGGGAGAUCGGGUAAGUCUUGCAGGCUGCGAUGGUGCAACCAGCUGUCACCGGAAGUUGAGCACCGGCCAUUUACGCCCGAGGAGGAUGAGAUCAUUCUCAAGGCGCACGCAAAGUAUGGUAACAAGUGGGCAUCUAUAGCGAGGCUCCUUAAUGGCCGAACCGAUAACUCCAUUAAGAAUCACUGGAACUCGACGCUGAAGCGAAAGUGCGCCACGGCUAUGGUAGGCGGAGAGCUGCGGCCUGUGCAGGUAUCGAAGAAACUAGAUGGCGGCGAUGUUACGUCUGCAAUGAUGAAUGAAUUGAAACUAAGUCCUGAGAGGACGAGUCCUGGUGGUUCUGUUGUCAAUGAAUCGUUUGAUAAUAUUCCAGCGAAGAUGAACUUUUAUUUUUCGUUCAUGAAAAAUGAGAUAAAGGCUCCUCCGGCGGAAUCGCCUCCGCCGGCGGCCGAUAAUGAGAAUGCUGAUGAUCUUUUGACUGCGUUGACUCUAUCUUUGCCUGGUACUGGUAGUGGGUCAUCUUCUGUGAAGAUUGAAGACAAGGAUUCUAUAUCAAGCCGGCAGAUUCAGCAGAGUGAUAGCUGCGGAAGGAAAUCCGAAAUUACCUGUCAUGAUCCCAAGAAGAAAUCGAUUGUGGCGGCGUUAGGUCCGCCGGAGUUAAGCGCAUUGCCAUUAGUAAGCUUAACGAGUAAUCGCGAAUUGGUUUCGGGGAAGAAUAAUCUUUCACGGAGUUCGGGUUCCCAUCCCCGACCCAAUUCUUUCCUCCCUCAGUACCUCCGCAGAAUAGUCAAGUGGCAACAAAUGGACAUUGAAUAUACUUUCUGGCAAAUGCUUCACCUAUGUACCUCCCCGAAAGUGGUAUAUCAACACACAAAGUACCAUAAGCAAACAAAGAACCAAUGGGCACGUGAUGAUCCUGCUUUUGUUUUGAUAUGCAGUCUUCUUUUGGUGGUUUCUACACUAGCUUAUUGUGCAGCAUAA